AUGCAUCGUCCAUAUACAGUAUCACCUGAUUAUUGGACAUUAGGUAUAAUUAUACAUGAAAUGGUAACGGGUGAUGCACCUUAUGAUCGAACAUAUAGAAUAGAAUCAAAUACAAAUGAAACUGAAUCAAUUGAAUAUGAAUAUGAUUAUCGAUCGAAGAGUACAAUUGAAAAUGACACAUCGGAUACUAUUCAAUCGUCAUCAAAGCAUUAUAACAUGUAUCUUCGUAUAAUUAAUGGUUGUGCAUUAAUGAAUCUUAAACAUGUAACUAGAAAUUGUGUAUCAAUUAUACGUAAUUUACUUCAAUAUAAUAUUGAAAAACGUCUUGGUUGUGGUAUACGUGGUACUCUUGAUAUUAUUGAACAUCCUUGGUUUAAUCAAAUUAAUUUUUGGAUAUUAUAUCAACAAAAAUAUAUUGCUCCAUUUAUUCCUAUUCGUAAAUAUAUUAUUAAAGAUCAGUAUCAAAAUGAAACAAUACUUAAAUUUACUGCAAAAAAUCAAUAUGAAAAUGAAUUUAAUGAAUUUUAA